CGAUAGAUUACACUAUUACAGUGUUGUUUUCUCUGUCUCCAAAACAAAACCCUAACCCCUCUUUUCCGAAGAAACGCCACAUCUUCUCAAUCCAAUUUCGAAAAUGGUGUGCAUACGCAAAGCUACCAUAGACGACCUGCUUGCGAUGCAAGCCUGCAACCUCUUCUGUCUUCCUGAAAACUACCAAAUGAAAUACUACUUCUACCACAUUCUCUCAUGGCCCCAGCUCCUCUACGUCGCCGAAGAUUAUGGAGGAAAGAUCGUCGGUUAUGUGCUUGCUAAGAUGGAAGAAGAAACCACCGAGUGUCACGGACACAUCACUUCCCUCGCUGUUCUUCGAACGCAUCGUAAGUUAGGGCUCGCAACCAAGCUCAUGGCUGCUGCUCAGAACGCCAUGGAACAGGUUUUUGGUGCUGAGUAUGUGUCACUCCAUGUGAGGAAGAGUAACAGGGCAGCAUUCAAUUUGUACACAGAGACAUUGGGAUACAAGAUUCAUGACAUGGAGGCUAAAUAUUAUGCAGAUGGAGAAGAUGCAUAUGAUAUGAGGAAAGAACUCAAAGGAAAAACUCUACAUCAACAUCACCACCACCACCACCACCACCAUGGUGGUGGUUGCUGCUCUGGAGAUGCAAAAGCAGAGUGAUGUAGGUACAAUUUUCUAUGAGGAGGGGCAUUUAUGUCAUUUGCAUAGAUGAGAGCAACUCUUUGUCAUGUCUUACUUUUUUGGGGUGGACAAUGAAGAUUGCAUGGCUCUAUAUAUACAGAAUACCAUUUCUGUUUUGUGAUGUUAUUGUGUUAAUUGCAACAUCUGUUAUCUUUGCAUAAAGUAUAAAAUGAAGUCUUUUUAUA